AAAACCUUUUGUUUUAUGUCAAACAGUUUUUAAAAUAACCACUGGAAAUCAUAAUGUAGCCUAUCUAAUGGGUGAAGUCAGGCACACCAUGCCUUCAUUUCGCCACGCGCGCCACUCUCCAGCUCAGUUUGUGCUGGGAACUCACAGCGACAGGUUGUUUACGGGCUGUUAUGAGGAAGACACAUGGUUCAAUUACAAAUAUUGCGAGCUUUAUAAGACAUAGGACUGAGCGUUUGAGCUGAACGACAACGCACAGUAUGGUUGAAGACAUCGAGAGUUCUGUAAAACAUCCAGAGAUUUAACAGAGGCUUCUGCGUAAUCUGGUUAGACAGUAACAAACUUCAUUCUUUUCCAUUAUACCGGAGUCCUAAUCAUGUUUCUCUUCAGAACUUGGUCAACCGUAAGACUGGUCGCCGUUUUACUGAGUUUGGGGAUUCACCAGAGCAUCUGGGAAACAGUGGAAACGAUUCAUCCAGCAUGUGCUCUGGUGGCUGAGCAUAUGAAGGCUCAAGAGCAAUGCAUUCACACACAAAGACAAGAGGCCCACAACAGCAACAAUAUCACUGGGUGUCAUACCAACUGGGAUGAUAUUUGGUGCUGGUACAGAGCAGAAGUUGGACAGGUAGUCAAUGUCUCUUGUUCCGAAGUGUCUCAGCUGUUUGCAACCAAUCAUGGUUUCAUACUUAGGAAUUGCACCAAGAAUGGCUGGACGAAAAUCUACCCAUCCUAUGAGAAUGCUUGUGAGAUUGUGGAGGACGUGGAAUCGGAAACUGAGACCACAUAUUACUCCACUUUCAGGCAGGUGUACACUGCGGGCUACGCUACCUCUCUGAUUUCCCUCAUCUCUGCCAUCUUUGUGUUUACAGCCUUCAGGAAGUUCCACUGCACCAGAAACUACAUUCACAUCAAUCUGUUCGCAUCCUUCAUCCUGAGAGCCAGUGCAAUCUUCAUCAAAGAUGCAGUUCUCUUUGCCGACGAGAAUCUGGACCACUGUUUCAUGUCAACAACCUCUUGCAAGGCAGCGGUGGCUUUCUUCCAGUUCAGUAUCCUGGCAAACUAUUUUUGGCUGCUGGUAGAGGGGAUGUAUCUACAGACUCUUCUAGCUCUAACCUUUGUCUCACAGAAGAAGUAUUUCUGGUGGUACAUUCUUAUUGGCUGGGGUCUACCAACACUAAUACUGAUCAUCUGGGUUCUAGCAAGGAAUUUUUUUGAUAACAGAGGGUGCUGGGAUGACACAGAUGUUGCUUACUUUUGGUGGAUUAUCAAAGGACCAAUCACAAUAUCUCUCCUGAUCAAUUUCUUCAUCUUCAUAAAUGUGAUCCGGAUUCUUGUGCAGAAGCUGAAGUCUCGAGGAAUGGGUGGCAAUGAUACCAACCACUUCAUGAGACUGGCCAAGUCUACUCUUUUCCUGAUUCCUCUGUUUGGCAUGCACUACAUGGUAUUUGCCUUCCUGCCAGAGAACACUGGAGAAAAUGCUCGCCACUUUCUUGAGCUUGGCCUGGGCCCGUUUCAGGGUUUUGUUGUGGCUCUGUUAUACUGUUUUCUCAACGGAGAGGUACAAGCAGAACUAAAGAAGAGAAUGUGGAAGUGGCAGACACAAAAUUAUUUGAGAUACAGUAAGAGAAGACGAACCCUCUUUACUGAGAGCAGCACAGUCACACAAAUCUCAGUUUUAGAGAAGUCCAGCCCUAAGGAGCAGCCCUUAACGGAGUCCCACAACAGUGUGUCGACUGUCUGAAACCAAUUCUUUACAGUUCAUCUCAUUCCCUUUUUCUCUUUCAUGAAACCUCUUAACCAGGGUUCUUCUACCCUGGUCUUUGAGGUUAACUGUCCGGCCAGGUUUAGUUUUCAAACCUGAUCAAACUCACCUGCCUGUAAUUUUCCAUUAAUCCUGAAUAUCUUUAUUAGCAUGUUCAGGUGUGUUUGAUUAGGGUUGGAGCUAAAGGACAGGAGGGCCAGAUUUGAAGAAUCCUGCACUAUGCCAUAAGACACAAGGCACAAUUGAAAAACUUUCAAAUUCAUGCAAAUUCAAGCAUUGUGUUAAGGAUAUAAAAUGGUUGCUAAAACAAUCCAAAGAUAUACUUCUGUUUUCUACACAUCACAUCACUGAAACAAUUCAACUCUUUACUGAUAAAAAUACUAUUUAUUCAUAACCCAAAAGCCCAAAUCAUAUUGUUCAGUUUCCCCUACUGCUGGUUUAAAUUAGAUGGUUGGCACUGACUAUUUACAGAACAAAUUCCAAUACAGGACAGUUCACAGAAAAACUGUCAUUUACUCAUUUUGUAAUCCCCAUCAACUUUUAUAUAUGGAAAAGAGCAGCUUAAAUGAUGAUCGUGAUUUAACUUUGUUAAACGUGUUGCUCUGUAAAUUGUAUUUAUCACUCCGUUGUUUGUCACUUGAGACUUAUGGUCUGCCU